UCCUCGUUCGGCGACGCGGCUCCGGCGCCGCCGUGAGCCGCCGCCGACGGCGCGUGGUGAAAUGUGGGGCCCGCGGGACACGCGCCGGGACACGGAGCGCCCCGUUCGCUAACAGGUCCCGCAGAGGAGAGCUGGUGUAAAUUCUCCUUCCCUUGUCCUCGCCUCUUCAUGCAGCAGCCUCACCGAUAGACGGAGCAACCAGCCUGCAAGAAGACUGCAGUCUCCUCAUGCUACACCGUGUUACAGUAUUGUCCCUGUGCAAACAACUAUUUGAUUGGCUGCUGAUACCAGCACUCCACUCGGCUUGAUUGCUUAUAACCUAGAGGCCGGAGGACCCGAAUACAAGACCCAGCUGAAGAAGGGAGUCUGAGGACAUAACUGUCUUCCCCCCCCCGUCCCCGUCCCCGUCAUCUGGAAAGUUUCGCGUGUUAGUGUUUGUCGGAUCAAGUGCAAUCAUGGGGGCCACGGGCUACGGCUACUAUCGCGUAGUCAUCUUCUUGUGCAUGUUCAUCGGCUACUCGCUGUACUUCUUCAACAGGAAGACCUUCUCCUUCGUCAUGCCCUCUGUGAUGGAGGAGAUUGAACUGGACAAAGAUGACCUGGGUUUGAUCACGAGCAGCCAGACCAUGGCUUACGCCAUCAGUAAGUUUAUCAGCGGCGUGCUGUCGGAUCAGAUCAGCGCCCGCUGGCUUUUCUCCAUCGGCCUCUUCUUGGUGGGGGGCAUCAACGUCGCCUUCUCCUGGUCUUCCACCGUGUCCAUGUUCUCCUUGCUCUGGUUCAUCAACGGCCUGGGACAGGGCUGUGGCUGGCCCCCGUGUGGGAAAGUGCUGCGCAAGUGGUUUGAGCCCUCCCAGUUUGGAACAUGGUGGUCAGUGCUGUCUUGCAGUAUGAACUUGGCCGGUAGUCUUGGUCCAAUCCUGGCCACGGUGCUCCUGCAGUACUAUGAUUGGAGGACCAUCCUGACCAUGUCAGGCAUUUUCUGUGCCGCCUUCUCGUUUGUUUGUGUGGUGUUCAUAAAGAAUGAGCCAAAGGACGUGGGCCUGCCCAGCAUCGAGGCCGUGGCCAAGAAGGGGGCGAAGGGAGGCAACAGUGAGAGCACCCUGAGUGAAUUCCUCCUCUCUCCUUUCCUGUGGGUGUUGUCUCUGGGCUACUUGGUGGUGUUCGGGGUCAAGACGGCUGCCACUGACUGGGGACAGCUGUUCCUCAUGCAGGAGAAAGGCCAGACCGCUCUGAUGGGCAGCACCUACAUGAGUGCCUUGGAGGUAGGAGGAUUCGUGGGCAGCCUCGCAGCAGGCUUUCUCUCAGACAGAGCAGUAGCCCGGCGAGGCUUGGGCACCCACGGCAACCCCAGACAUGGCCUUCUUAUUUUCAUGAUGGCUGGUAUGUAUGUGUCAAUGUACCUCUUCAGAGUCACCGUCACACCUGAAAUCCCAGAGGAGGCUCCUCUUUGGGUCCAAGUCAUUCAUCCUGUGUCCGUCCUCAUCGGUGUGUCAGAAAAAGAGAUCUGGAUCCUCUUCCUCGGUGCUGUGUUUGGAUUUUCUUCUUACGGACCAAUUGCCUUGUUUGGGGUGAUAGCCAGUGAAAGUGCUCCUUCAAAUUUCUGUGGAACCUCUCAUGCUGUUGUAGCCCUGAUGGCUAACGUGGGGGCUUUCAUGGCCGGGCUUCCCUUCAGCACUGUUGCCAAACAACACAGCUGGGACAUGGCUUUCUGGGUUGCUGAGGUGACAAUGGCCAUCGCAACCAUCGGGUUCUUCCUUUUACGCAACAUGCGCACAAAAAUGGGACGUAUCGCAGAGAAAAUGGACUGAUGUUUCUACCUGAAAUGAGCCAGCUCUUAAUGUCCUUGCGUAGACACUGUUUUUGCACUGCACAUUACUACAGCUCCAAUCUGACCAAUCUAAACCGCCUUCAAACAAAGACUACUUUUUGACUCUUUAUCAUGACUGAUUGAGUUGAUAUAGAUACUCAGGGUGGAGGUCGUCAAAUCACAUUUAAAUUCACAAUCAGGCAAUUUUUGUCAUACAAAGAUGCAGCAGAUCAUAAUUGUUUGUCACACUUAAAUUUAAGUGCUUCCAAGUGAUACUAGGAGCAGUUUUCAUGAAGAGAUAAUUCAAAGUAGCGUUAUGACAGCUGUGUGCUAAAGACGACAUGUUUCUAAAGGUCUGGGUGGAUUUAGUUGAGAUAAAGCGAAUGUGUGCUUCUCACUGCACACCCUGCCUUCAGUGGGGGUCCGUUAUGUUCAACUAACUGAAUGUUUACUGAUGGCUCUGUAUAAUAUAGACUUCUCUUUGUCAGUUUUUGCACAAAUGUAGCACAUGUGAUCAUCAUGGUCCUCGAUCAUUUUACUAAUACCUCAAGUAUUUGUACAAAUGUAAUAGUUUCACUUAAAUGCAAUAACUGGAGAAUGUGUUAUUUUUUUAUACCCAGUCCUGUGCUAAAUGAUACAGAAUAACCGUUGGAUGCAGUAUUCUUAGGCCAUGUCACCUUUUGUGAUCUGACGUGUUUGUAAGGAUCGCUAUAUAUUACAUCAGACCUUUGCUACAGUUGUUUUGUCACUGCCAUUGUAGUUGUGUACUGCAGUUACAACUCUUGAUUAAUACUGACUUUCUCUCAAAUUUGUGUCAUGUUAGUGCUCAUAAUAAUUGGUCUACAAUCAGUGCCAUUCUGGCAAUUCUAUAUUUUACUGGAACCAAUAAUGGACUUGAAAAGGUUAGGAAAUCUCAUAAAUGUGAAGUUUUCAUGGUUGAAUUUAUCUGUAAACUCUGAAGAUGCCAAAAAAAUGUACACUGCAGAUAUUAAACCCUCCAUGAGCAGGAAA